AUGGCUCAUCCACUCGCCCUGCCCACGACUUUCUCGCCCGAUGCGCUCGACACGACAGCCGAGCUUGCAGCCAUUCUCGCGCGUCUUCGGCCGCCGCAACCAGCUGGCAGUGGCGCCCAAACCGGAGCUGCAGCGGGUGCCAGUGGCGGUGCCGCAUCUGGAGCACCUACAGGCGGACCGGCGGGCGGAGCAGCAGGGGACGGCGGCGGGGCCAACGAGGGCGAGACGCUGGGCGCGUCCAUGGGCGGCGCCGCGGCGGCGGCGGCUGCUGCUGGUCCGCCCAUCAGCCUACGCGACCUGCCGACCGCCACGGACAGCCUCAAGCACAAACUGCAGCACGCGCGUGUGCAAAUCAAGGCGCUGCCUGACGUCAACCGCACAGUGGCCGCCCAAGAGGCUGAAGUGCGGCAGCUGGAGGCGCGCAUCGAGGCCCAAAAGGCGAUGCUGGCACGGCUGCGGGCGGACGGCGUGCGGUUCGCAGCUGCUGGAGAGCAGGAGCAGCGCGACGCCGACAAGAUGGAGCUGUGA